AUGUUCGCCGGUUUUGGCAGCCAAGACCACCGAGGCACACCAGAGGCUCCCGGCCGAGUGGUGACCUUGAUCGAGAAGUCGUACUGGGAAGAACUCACGGACCACCAUGAUUCCGCACCCGAAAAGGUCUGGGGAGUGGCGUACCGCAUCAUACCUGAAAAGGUAGAGGAGGUCAAGGAGUACCUCGACAUCAGGGAAAUCAAUGGCUACACGAUACACUACACCCCCUUCCACCCCGCAGACGGCUCUGCGUCUAUAAAGACUCUCGUUUACAUUGGUACCCCGGAGAACGAGCAGUUUGUCGGCCCACAGGACCCUCAGCAGCUUGCUGAGCACAUCUUCCGUAGUCACGGGCCUAGUGGACCGAACAAGGAUUACCUUUUGAACUUAGAUCAGGCUCUAAAUGAAUUGUCACCAAAGAGUGGUGAUCACCACAUUCACGACUUGGCCGUUCGAGUGAGGGCACUGGAAGGAACUAACGGCAAACUCAGCUCCUGA